AUGGGUUGUCGCGUCUGUCGCGCACGCAAGGUCAAGUGUGACGGCCGUCCGAAUGGCUGCCGCAACUGCGAACGCCUCCAUCUCACAUGCGUCGACGACAACUCCACCACCGCCGCACUCCCCCUAACUCUAGGGAGUAUACGUACAUACCGCUCUUGCACAAACUGCCGCUCCUCAAAGACAAAGUGCAACGGCGACCGUCCGCGGUGCUCGCGAUGCGUCGCCAGGAGCAUGGACUGCGUCUACGUCGGCGGCUCCGUCCCCCGGUGGGCGAGCACGAUCGAGGGUCCUUACCCGAGGAGAGCCUCCAACGCCGGCGUAGCGUCAAAUUCAUCCUCCCCUCAGGAGCAGCCCAGGACCAGGCAUGAUGGUGCUGAUGCCGACCACGCCAUGGAGGAUCCUGGUGCUGCUGCCGUCGACGGAACCGACGGCAACGUCAGCAACCACAGAAACGACGGCGCAAAGGCUGCUGCCGUAGGCACAGGCGCCGCCCUCAACGGCUCUCCAUCUCGUCCUCUACGUCUUCGAUCUGACGUCCCGAUACCCCCGCCGCAGUCGUCGUCGGCUGUUCCCAGCACACCCGUGACACCCUCUCAGCCGCAAAACAGCUUGGAGCUCGGCGCGAUGGCAUGGCUCCUCGCAGAUCAGCUCCCUUCGCGACGAAAUACCCGCUCCCUGGUCGAGCAGUACUUUGCACAUAUACACCCCAUCCGCUGCUUCGCCUUUGUCCACAAACCCUCAUUCAUGCGCCAACUCGACGCCGGCUUCACACAAGAUGACGACAUGGCCCUCCUGUACAUAAUCUGCGCACACGGCGCAAAAUUUCACGUCCAGGCUCUGGGUCAGUUCGGCCAGGAACCAAGCCCCAGCUUCCUACGCGCAGCAGGCAACCAGUGGGCUGCAAAGGCCGAGUCGAUACUCAUCGGCAAAUAUGGCAGGGUAUCCAUGCCCCGGUUGAUGGCCCUCGUCCUCCUCCACGACUUCCACAUCCGACUGGGUCGGUACAAUCAAGCGCUCAUACUUAGCGGCAUCAUCAUACGACUGGCGCAGGCCCUCCGGAUCUACGCCGAGCUGGCCCCCGACCUGCUGUGUACCGACGAGCACCAGCACGAGGCUGGGAACGGCAACGCGGACCUGUCGGCCGUCUUCAUGGAGAGCCGUCGGCGACUUAUGUGGGCCUGCUAUACGCUGGACGCGUGGACGACUAACGGCAGCGAGCAGCUGUCGCUCCUGCGCGAGGCCGACAUCAAGGUGCAGCUCCCGUGCAACGAGCGUAACUUCGGCCUCCGGAUUCCCUGCGUCACCGAGACCCUUGGGCUGGGCCACGUGCUGCGCUUCCUCCCCCCGGCCAUCGUCCCCGCCCGACCGGCUGAGAACAUGGGCAUAAUGGCCUACUACGUGCGCAUCGUAGCCCUCCGCAAGAAGAUCUCCCAGUACAUCAAGAACUACCCGUCGGGCCCGGGGCCGUGGCAGUCGGACUCAGAGUUCUCCGCCCUAGACGCCGACAUGAGGCACUGGCGACGUACCUUACCCGACUUCGUCGAGUACUCCCCCGACACCAUCUACGCGCGCCUCGACUCCAAUCAGCUCGGUGGGCUCAUGCUCAUCCACUGCACCUACCACGACAGCUACCUCGAGCUCUACAAGAUCUCCAUGCCCGUCCUGUUCGAUCUGGGCAGUGCGUGCCCCGCUUUCCCGCCGGAGCACCAGGAGGUGCUGCAGGCUCUGCAGGCCGACUGCUAUUUCCACGCGCGACAGGUGUCGAGGCUGAUUGCCGAGGCUGCGGAGCACGACGUGCGUCUUCUGUCGGAUAGUAUGCUGCCCCUGUUUCUGUACAACAGCAGCCGCAUCAUGCUGUACUAUGCUGGCAUGUUGAUUGAGCCGUCGAGGGUGGAUGCUGCGGAUAGAGUGGACGAAGCCGUUGCUGCGGUGUCGGAGAAUGCCAGGCUGCUGAGGGACAUGAUUCCCUUGUUCCCGAUAUCAGAGUCGUUUGUACGUGAUCACGGUAGAGCAGUGGCUGUCCAAGAUCCGCAUGACGCCGCUAUCCUCCGUGAGGGCCGGUACGAGCGACGAUGCAGCGACGACAACGGCCAGCAGCUACGCUCCGACGACGACGACAGAGAGGACCUCCCCCUUCUCCAGCCGGCACUCGGUGAGCGCGGUGUCAGAGUUCGCCCUGGCGCCCAUGUGGGCGAGCGGUCGGCGGUCACUCGCCUACGCAGCCAGCGACAGGCCAGCGGCCAGCAGACCUCUGGCCAGCCCGAGUUCCACCCCCAUCGUGGAGGAGAAGACGGCGACGGCACUGCCGUCGUCAGCAACAAACGGACAGCACACGCCCGACGAGAACAGAGGCUGGGAUCACACGGGCGCGGCAGAGCAGCUCCUCGGUCUGAGCGGGCAGACCACACCGGUCGAUAA